GUAAAGAAGACGUUUUAACACGCGCACGUUGCUGGCUGAGUGUCGUUGGAUAUACAUACGCUCUACUUGAAGCCACCACCUAGAUGUGGGAGCUGACAAUCCCUAGAUCUAUAUUACCGUUCGUGAGCCGUACUUAAGAUUUGGUUCGCACACAGGCGCUGUGUGACUGGAUCCAUGACUACAGGCCCUUACCGGACCCAAGUACGUACCAUAUCCCUGCUGGCUCAACCCCUACAACUGUCACAUCACAGCCCCGACGCGUUAACCUAGUGUCACGGUGAAUCGCAUGUGAACGCCACUAUCUCAGGUUAUUUUUUUAACUGCUUACGUUUAUAGUGUGUGACGUCAGCUGAUCUUACUGUGGAUGGCCGCAUCAGUUAUGUUAGAGGAACAUCACUUUGGCGGAACACCUUUAGCCAUGUUGGCUGCUCAAUGUAACAAGAUCAGCAGCAAGAGCCCGCCUCCGCUCGCCGACGCCGCCGUGGGCAAAGGAUUUCAUCCUUGGAGAAAACCCGGGUCCACCAUGAAUGGUCCGUGCCCUCUCUCCCUGACGUCACAGCCGCUGUCGGCGUUCAGCACCUCAGAGGGACUCCAGAACUCGGGACUAACAUAUUCCUCCAUAAACACUAACCCUUCCUGCACCUCCAGCUACACAAGUGACAUUUUUAGGUCUACCUCUGGACCGACGUCGGUCCAUCAGACCGAUCCAGCGCAGGCGGCGUUUUUGCAGAAAGUACAAGGCGAAGGAAGCAUUAGUAACGCAGCCCUGGGCAGCAUGUAUUCCAGAGUAGCCUACGAGUCAUGGCCUUUUUCGUCCAUGACGGGUCCCCACCUCCACUCUAUUAAACCGGAAGUGGCUGGAAGCAUGAACAGCGCAGCCGCGGCAUCGGCAUUCUGGGACGUCAGGUCCGCGGCUGCCGGAAACUGGCUCUCAGAUGUGUCAGGAGCGACAACUGCUGGGAGUCUUCAUUCCCAGAUGUCGAAUUACCCCAGCGCGGACUAUUCUAUUACGCAUGCGCUGGGUGGCUCUGGAAGCCCAUUUCUACCCUCAAGUCAACACCUACUUCAGGACACGUACAAGUCAAUGCUGCCCUCACAGAACGAACUGUCGAGUGGAAUUAAUCCUUUCUUGUCACGAUCCGGGCUUCCCUCAUUGCCCAGCCCUCGUUCUCAGAGACGGUACACAGGAAGGGCGAACUGCGACUGCCCGAACUGCCAAGAAGCGGAGCGCCUUGGCCCCGCUGGCGAACACCUGCGCAAAAAGAACAUUCACAGCUGUCACAUCCCGGGCUGUGGAAAAGUUUACGGGAAGACAUCUCAUCUGAAAGCUCAUCUUCGCUGGCACACAGGAGAAAGACCGUUCGUGUGCAACUGGCUCUUCUGUGGAAAGAGGUUCACACGCUCAGACGAAUUACAGCGACACCUACGCACGCACACGGGAGAGAAGCGCUUCGCAUGUCCCGUCUGUAACAAACGUUUCAUGCGCAGUGACCAUCUAGCGAAGCACGUGAAAACGCAUAACAACCCGAACGGGAAAAACAGCGACGGUAGUGACUCUGACAACAGUAACGACGCCAAAAGCACGAGUUCGACACCACCAAAUCCCUCAAACGUAGCCCACUCCCAAAGUGUCCAUCACAUCACGAACUCUCACGCGUUAAAGCUCGAGAAGAACUAGCGAGACGUUAUAAUUAUUUUUGUUUUGUGUUGAAUUGUAUACAUAUACAUAUCCUUAUAUCUUCUGUACAUAAAACCAUUGUUUAUAAUUAUUUGAUCGACGCCAGGAUAUCUUAUGUUCUGGAUAUGGCGUGACCCGGAAGUACUUCAUUCAAGUUACACGCGCAGAUUUCCGGAGUUCUGAAACAACGAAACGACAGCGAAAGUAAAUUUACAAACCCCACCUAGGACAUAUCGUUACUUUUAGAUAUCACAUCGGCUCUGAAAAGACAAAACUGACUGACUUGAAUUUGAAGCCACCCCAAUAUUGUGAUUUCUGACAUAAGUGGAAGUACACGGAUUAGUUCCAGCAAGUUGGUUAUGACGUCAUCGUGAAUGCCUCAAUGAAACUCUGUAACAGCGCCGAUGUGAAUUGAAACAGGCAAAAACACUGGACGUAUAAUUCCUCAAUCUUGGCGAUUUCAUGGAUUCGAAGUCAUGUGUAAGCUGGUUCAAGCUCAGUUGUUCAAGGUCACAUAGCCUGUGUGGACUUACGCGCAUGCCUCUUUUUGGCUUCCGGUUUCUCUCACGUCACAUUAUGAGGAAAACCGGACAGUGGUUUUGUUUCCUGAACUUGUGAAACAGAAAAAAAUGUACAUUCUGAUCGGAAAAUACCGGAAAUUCAGUGGUACUGGAACUUUUUUUCAGUACAAUUUUUGAACGAUCUGACAGUUUGAUCUAGAGGUAUUUAGCCUAUACAUACAGACAAAAAAUAAAGAAACUACUCAGCAAUUUUCCGAUCUCUUCCAAGCUGGUUUACACGUAAUUGGGCUGAAGAUUUUCGUAGACAAGAAGUGCGAUGAAGCCAUUAUUGGGACUUCUAAACAAGCGAACUCUCGCAAUAAGUGACUGCACCUGCGCAUGUACCAACAUAUUAAGGACCAAAGGGGAAUUUUAUAUAGGUGGCCCGGAUGUAGGUGGAACUAAAACCUGCUCGGUUGACCUAAGCUCUGGAAUGGGAAAAGGUGUCGGGAAAAAGGAUUACUUAGAUUGUGUGGCUAUACGCAACACUUCUUACCCGACUUUGCAGAAAAAAAAAACAAAAAAAAAAUGGAACCUGGGUUAUAAGUGUUGGUAAAGACUGAAAUUGACCAAACGGAGGGAAUCAAUUUAUCAACGGAGUACAUCUUCCAAACUCGAGGAAGGAAUCCAAUGCGACGUUUCUUACUUCAGAUUAUGUGACAACUUUUCCACAGAGUUGAUGACGUAAAAUGAUAAGUGGGUGAAUUAAAAAAGAGGAUUCUUUGUUUAGACGAAAUAACUUUAAAUGAAAUAAACUGACAGUGAUUCUUAUGUAGGCGUAUUGUGUUAGGACACAGGUACCGGAAAAACUCCCGUUUAUAAUCGCUUUCCUGCAUUUUCUUCAGCUCAUAAAAUGUCUUUAAAUGCGAUUAUCCCGAGUAGUCUGGAUAGUUUUCACAUGUGUACAUAACUGUGUAUAAGAUUUUACAUGUCGAUUAACACAGAACUCUUGUAUACUUAGCCCUUCCCAAUCCCAUUUCAACUCAGGCUACGCAAGACCAUAUACCUCCUUUUUGAAGUAAUUCUUUGUCUUCGUGUAAUUUUGACUGCAUUUGGUAUAUAUUUGCGAACUCCCAGAUUUUCUCCAUUUUUUUGCCCGAUUCUUUAUUUGCAUGAAACCGCGCAACUGAAAUACUCGGUCACGUGAUUUAUUUUACGAUUGCGCAUGCGUGUACAGAUGUGUUAAUAAAUGUUUUAAUGCAUUAGAGAAUGAGUGUGAGAAUAUUGUGAGAUUAAUUGAGGCAAUGUCGAUCACGUGACACAUGUCAAAGGCACGUGAUGCUUUUUCUCGCUUUAUAACCACAGUUGUGUGGUAUUUUAUUGAAUGAACAGUUUUUAAAUUAAAAUUCUUUGAAAACCAU